AUGGCCAAAACCGCGCCCUGUGGGUCCGGGGUCCAGGGUCCAGGGCUCAGGCUGAAGCAAAAGCUCAGCAUCUGGGAUCCAACCACAAAGAAAGAUGUGGAAGGCCUCAGGAGCUGGAGCAUGACAGCAACGUUGGGCCGGUGCGUUGCUUCCAGCGCGCAACGCGCCGCAACGUCCAGCAACGGCAAAACCCGGCAACGCAAAGCAGCGCAACGGGUUUUACAUUUGCCCGGUGCGUUGCUCACCGGGGACAACGCAACUGUGCAACGGGCAACAGGGCCUGCCCGGCAAGUACAAGUUCCUUCCCUUUUGGGGCCAGAUACUCAGCGCCUCAGGCAACCUCGAAUCAAUCCAGCACGAGGAGGACGAAUCAUGUUUAAUCGACUUGAGUCUCAGCUCAAUAUUCAUUCCGAACUUCAAGUCCAACUUCCCCACCAUCACAUCCUUCCACUAUACAGAUUCCAAGUUUUUACAAACUGUGUUCGAUAA